AUGGCUCAGACAAACUGCACCCCGGUGACAGAGUUCAUUCUUGUUGGCCUCACAGAUCGCCAGGAGCUGAAGAUGCCUCUCUUUGUGGUAUUUUUAUCCAUCUAUCUUUUCACAGCUGUGGGUAACAUGGGUUUGAUCCUGGUCAUUAGAACAGAUGCAAGACUCAACACGCCCAUGUACUUCUUCCUCAGCAAUCUGGCUUUUGUUGACUUCUGUUAUGCAUCUGUCAUUACGCCCAAGAUGCUUGGGAAUUUCUUGUAUACCCAAAACAUCAUCUCCUUCAAUGCAUGUGCUGCUCAGCUGGGAUGCUUUCUCACCUUCAUGGUGUCAGAGUGUCUGCUUCUGGCUUCCAUGGCUUACGACAGAUAUGCAGCCAUUUGUAACCCUCUACUCUAUAUGGUCACCAUGUCUCCAGGAAUCUGCAUUCAGCUUGUGGCUGUGCCCUACAGCUACAGCUUCUUGAUGGCACUAUUUCACACUAUCCUUACUUUCCGCCUCUCUUAUGGCCACUCCAACAUCAUCAAUCACUUCUACUGUGAUGACAUGCCUCUACUCAGGCUGACUUGCUCAGACACUCACUCCAAGCAGCUGUCAAUUUUGGCCUGUGCUGGAGUCACAUUCAUUUCUUCUGUUCUCAUCGUUUCUGUCUCCUACAUGUUCAUUAUUUCUGCCAUCUUGAGGAUGCGCUCAGCUGAGGGAAGACGCAAGGCCUUUUCCACGUGCAGCUCCCACAUGAUGGCAGUGAGCAUUUUCUAUGGAACCCUCAUCUUCAUGUACUUGCAACCAAGCUCUGAACAUUCUCUUGACACUGAUAAGAUGGCCUCUGUCUUCUACACAGUCGUCAUCCCCAUGUUGAACCCCUUGAUCUACAGCCUCAGGAACAAGGACGUGAAAGAGGCACUGAAGAAAGCCAUGGCCACUGGAAACCAGACUUCUAUGUUUAGAAAAGUAAGAAAAUGA